UAUACCGACUCCAAGACCAUUUAUCAAUUGUUCGCAGUGGCAUGCCAAAGAGAAAUUUGCUGCAGGCAAGCAUUUCAUGGGGCAAGUUGCCCUCCUGUACUGCAGUUAUCUAUGGUCUUUUGACUUGUUGCAGAUGUGUUGCAGUGGCUCUCUGCUGUUGAUAUUUCAUCGAGGGCAGCCGUGCAGGUGUAGGUACGAAUCGCCAACGGAGAACUACUUUUAUUCUUCCUGUGGCUAGUGCAGUGGCUGUCCAUGCCUAGUGCUCUAGUUACUGACAGGAUUAGCCUCAUUUUAUAACAAGCCUUGUUUUUAUUGCGGACCUUUUUUGCGAGGUGUCUUAUGAAUUUUUAAGUGAGCCUCCCCUCUUAUUUACUCGUGCCAUGGAAUGAAAAGUAGCUUGGCAACACAUUGCCUAGCAGGGAGACAAAGACUUCGGGAUUAUUGGGCAUGGUGAUAGUGACCAAUUUAUAGAAGGGGGAUUAUUGUGUAUAGUGACAACCUCCCAUUCUCCCGUUUCUACCCAUCUCUUCCCUUUAUCAUGUCAGUGUUCAGGUUCCUUGGGGUCGCCACCGUGUGAUGUCUGCUGGCCGGGUAAGUGCAGGUAAGUAAUCUCCUAGUCAGAUAGAGCGCGUGUCAGCUAUUAAGAAAAUGGAGGACAGGAACUUUGAUUUCUCAAAAGACCAAAAAUAUUACAAUUUUUUUUACGUAGAUAUUGGUACUCCAGGUUGGUGUUUGGUAAAGACUUUUCUCUUUACUUUUUUUAUCUUACAGUUUUUAUUUGUUUUAUUUUGGGUUAUAUGAUGAUGGUCCUGUAAUAUAAAGAAAAUUCUGUUAUUGGUCUCUUGAGAAUGUGUCAGAAAUAUGUGUGAUUGUAUUGUCAAGUCUCUAACAGUUUUAUAUGAUUUUUGCUUCUUGAAGUCUAUUAUUAUCAGUGUCUAGUGUAUGCAAGCAGUAUGGGAAGUUGGAUACUUGCAAGAGCAGUGGUGUGAGAGAAAUGUCUUUUUUUUAAAUAUACUUUUAUUUUAUUGUAAUAGAUGAUGGUAAACAAAUGCUCAUGCAGUUGUCUGUUCACAGGAGCAAGUGAGGAGGGUCGUAGAAGCCAAAGUAUAGAGAUGAGGAGAAGCAAAUCCCGGCAAGUAGAGGCAUCUCACCGGGAGAAAACAAGAAGUCGCAAGAAGCAGCGCCGUGGAAGAUCGGAGAGUCGUUCCCCAAGCAGUCGGCGGGAUCGCAAGAAACGCAAAAGAUCGAGAUCACGGUCUCGCCGUCAUAAGAAACGACGAUCACGUUCAAGAUCACACUCAAAAACUCAUAGCCGGUCUUCCCACAAGAAGAAGCGCAGAAAGCACAGCUCACGCCAUGAGAGAGAUAGGGGAGAGAGGCGAAGCAAGAAGUCAAGAAGACGUAGUAUAUCCUCAUCAUCUUCCUAUUCUUCUGAACGUUCUUACUCCUCAUCCAGGUCUUCAUCAGAGUCUGAGGAUGAGGUUCAAGUCAUUGAUUCCCCAGCACAUAGCAAGAGAGGGUCACGUGCCUCAAGUGAGGUCAGUGUUGGCGCUUCUGAUCUAUCCCUUGUUGGCGCUAUGGCAAGAAUACCUGAAGAGAGUAUGUCUGGCCCCUCAACCCCACUACCACCGUUGCACUCUUCGGCUCUGCGUCUAGCAUCUGCUGCUGAUGAUAAAAUGGCGACUGUAGAGGAAGAAGCUAUGAUAGAGGCAACUGGAAAUGGAAGUGCAGCAAGUAGUGGAGAAGGAGAGAUAAAGGAGGAAAAGAAGGAGGAGAAGAAGCCAUUGUUUAAUCCCCAGAGUAGUGCUGCCAUGGCGAAAAUUGCAAUGGGAUUACGGGCAAAAGUUCAUGCACUGCUCGAAAAGGAGAGCAAACUUUGAAGAAAUGCAAAUAAAAAAAGAGAAAAAAAAACAAUCAAUAUUUUUGUCCAUGGGAAUUGUGAUAUGUGAUUUUGAUCUUUUGAAAUGUGUAUUUCAAUUGGCCUGAUAUUGUUAUUGUCUAGAUUAUAUGCUUUGCAAGAAUAAAGUUUUCAAACAUUAUGUGAAACAUUUUGGAUAUGGAAACAUUUGGAAUGACAAAGAGUUGCUGUGGAUCUGUAAACUUCUGUAGACAGCAUGUCAGUACUUUCUAUUGUAGUAGUUUUUUGUAAGUAAUUUGUGUGAGUAUUCAAGUCUUUCACUUAUUUCAGCGGUGGAAUUAAUGUUUAUAUUUAAUAA